CUCCGAUAUCAUCUGCUUUGAGUAAUAAAUAUGGAUACCGUCUAAUUGCCGUUAUUGGUUCUAUAUUGAGUGCUUUUAGUCUGUUUAUCUGUGCGUUUGCUAAUGACGUCAUAGUUCUAUGCAUCACAAGUGGAUUCUUAGCAAAUUUUGGACUUUCGUUGUCUUAUGUGCAGUCCUUCGCAUUAUUGGGACACUACUUCAAUAAAAAACAUGCUCUUGCAAAUGGAUUAGCUUCUGCUGGAUAUGGAUUAGGGGUGAUGGGACUUCCUAUGCUAUGUCAAUGGUUGAUCAUUACCUAUGGUUGGAGAGGCACCUACAUUAUUUUCAGUGGAUUGGCUGCAAACCUUUUAGCUGCUGCGGCACUGUUAAGACCACUUCCAACUGACAAGAAAGAGGAUUUAAAAAUUAGUGAUGUCAUCAAUGAUAAAUGCCACUCAUGUAUAUGCAGAAUCUUUGGUUGUCACAUCAUUUGUGCUAGCCCACUGCUGUUAGGAAUACUAGUUGGACUGUUCUUUCUUAGUGCAUCAAGCCAUACAUUUGUAACAUUUCUUCUGCUGCGUGUUUCUGAUCUUGGAGUGGAACCCAUGCAUGCUUCUUAUUUGAUAACUAUACUUGGUGCAAGCUCAUUUGCAACUCGGCUCCUACAUGGCUGGUUUGUGGACCGCAGAGUAAUCUCUCCUGCUGUUAUAUUUAUUGCAAGCAUUGUUCUUUGGGGGCUGUUAAACUUGGCAUUUCCUGUGAUUAUUGGCUACUGGUGGAUUGCAUGUUUCUGUGUUUUAUUUGGCUUUUCAAAUGGUAUUUACAAUUCUCUUCAUUACGUUGUUGUAAAGGACUCUGUAUACAAGGAACACUUUACAGGUGCAAUUGGACUCGACCUUACAGCAUUUGGUUUGGGGUGUUUCGUCGGUAUUCCCAUAGCAGGAAAGUUGUACGACAUAUUUGGUUCAGCAGAUGUUGCAUUUUAUUGCACAGGAAUUAGUGCACUAAUAAGUGCUAUUGUGUUUAGUUUAACUCAUAUCCUACAGAGACGACAUAACAACCAUACUAUGAGAAGAACAUAUCAGACAGAUGAGAAGCAACAUUCUGAGAAUAUUAGCAUGACAUGUGAAGAUGAUAAAACACUGUUUCAAUUAAUUUCUGUAAUGUAAGACAUCAUUUUGUAUUUGAUUAAAAGACACAUUGAAAGAAA